AUGAAGAAAUCAGCAGAUUCAUUAGGAGUUGCUGUAUGGUAUAUGAAACCAAAUUAUGCAAAUACAAUGUUGGCGAUAGGAUAUUGGGGUUAUGAUGAUAAAUAUCUUGUAAGCGGAUCAUCAGAUGGCAUAAUAUCUAAAUGGGAUGUUGGUAAAGGUAGAUGUGAUCAAAGGAUGACUGCAGAAACUUCAAAAGGAUCAGAGACAAUUAGUUGGGCAGUCAAAAUACUCAAAGGUGGGAUAAUCGUUAGUGGUGAUUCGCUUGGAAAUGUGCAAUUUUGGGAUGGAAAGAUGGGUACAAUGUUACAAACAUUUAAAAUUCACGAAGCAGAUGUACUCUGUCUUGAAACAAAUUGUUCAGGGACAGAGGUUUUUUCAAGCGGCGUAGAUCGUAAAUGUUGUUUAUUUCGUUAUGUCGAUCUAUCAUUGGAGUCAACUUCUGAUGAUGCAGAUCUUGAUUCGAUUAUGAGUUUUGAUGAUUUAACAGAUAUUAAUCACAUUAAGAAUCUAACUGAACAAUGGAUUUCUGUUGGAUAUCAUCAUCAACAUUCUCAUAAUGGAGCAUUUGCUUAUUUUUAA